AUGCAACGUCGCUUGGCCGUGGGGCGUUGCACAGGGCGAACGCCCCGGCUGCCAUGCCGCCGAACGCUCGCCUUUGCUCUUCCGCUGCAGCAGCGGCAGCACGACUGCGACCGCCACUCUGCCGGGGGCGGUGCGCUGCGCAGCAUGCGGCGGUGGGUGGCGACGGCGGGGUCCUCCACGCCGGCUGCGCCGCCGCACAUGUCGUUGGAGGCGCCCGUGGACGCGGCCGCGGAGGGCUCCCUCCCGGUGACGUACACGCCGGGGUCCGGCCCAAACGGGGCCCUUGCGGCCCCCACGACCGCCAUUACGGGUCGCUGCGACGUGCUCUCGGAGUGCCUCGCCAAGGCCGAUGAGCUGGCGAUGCAGCUCAAGGCGCAGAAUGCGCUGGGGGCAAGCGCGGAGAUCCUCACGCAGGAGGGGAUGGAGGAGUUUGUGGAUGAGCUCAAGACGUCUGCGACGGGUGAGAUGACGGCGCUUGUGGAGCAAAUGCAAAAAACGCCGCUGCUGCAGCAGGCCGGCAUGCAUGAGCUGCGGCGCACCCUCUACUACACCACCUCGUUAAAGGAGCGGGACUGGAUAGAGGACCCAAAGUACACCGCGGCGAUGCGCAUGUUGACCGUGGAGCUCCUGCGCCGCGACAACGACGGCGUGCUCUCGGCGGACGAUGUGUUGUACGUCUCAACGCAUAUCGUCUCCGCCAACUUCUACAACCGCCACUUGUGGAACCGCAUGGAGAAGGCCAUGCUUAAAUUUAGCAACUACGAAAACAUCGACAUGGCCUCCAUCAAGGCCUUUUCAACGAGGCUCUUUAAGACCCGGCGCGGCUGCGCAAAGGAGACGCUGGACAUUCGCCGAAAAAUUUUGCUGGCUAUGUCGCGCCGUGUUGGGGUGCUGGCCAACGACUUUGAUCUCCCCUCGUUGCUAGGCAUCUUGCAGUGCUACACCGUGCAUGAUCUAACGCCGUUUCACCUAGAACCCCUCGCGAUACGUGCGACGAACCACGUCAGCGACUUCACCCCACACGAGUGUGCGACGCUCUCGCACGUGCUGCGUAAGUGGCGCAACAUGCGACUGGAGGUGUGCGAGCGGCUGGUGGAGCGCAUCUGCACCGCCGACCAGCUCACGCACCACAUGGCCAACGCCGCGAUGAUAAGCAUUCGCAGCUGCUACUCCAAGGUGAGCGACGGUGGGCGCAACGCGAUGAACGCCGAGCCGACGCGGCAAAAGCUGCGGGCCAUGGGCGAACAAGUGGGCUGCCGCCUGGACGAGGUGGAGUACCCCGCCCUGCCCGUCAUCCUCAGCAUUCUUGACGUGAUUGUCACGCUAAAAAUAUACGUCCCCAAGAAGAGCCUGCAGACGAUCUUUGCGCAGGCCAAUGACAUGCUGGCUGUGGUGAUGGAGCAAAGGGACGAUUUGGUCGACCCAAAGACGGGGAAGCGUGUGCGCCCCAUCACAGCCGAGGAAGGACGGCAGCUGCAGGCCCUGCUCGCACACUACGGCAACGACCUUGCGCCGGAGCUAGCGCAGCGGCUGAGGGAGGCCUUCCGCGAGGGCAUGCUUCCAGAUGAGGCGUCGCUGUAG